AACUUCGAGAAAAUUUUGGCUGUCCAAAAGAAAAAAAUGAAUUCAGUUUCCCAAAUUUAGAAAGUAGAAAGAAACCAUCGAGAAAAGAAAAUUUACAGGCUGUGAUUCAUAAUUUAUAAGUUCAUAACUUGGAAAAAAAAAGACGAGUCUGUAUUGUCUGUCUUGUGCGUCUGUCCUCCUGAAAAUUUUCUUCGCCGUGGAACGAAUGUCGGAGCUUUGAAACGCCGAAAUCGCGCCUUAUUUAUACACAAUUUCGCCCAUUAAUUUCUACCGUCCAUUCUUCUUCUUUCCUCUUCCUGAUCUUCCUCUUCUUCUACACCUUCUUCCAUCUCUCUCAGUUAAGGGGGAGAGAGAUAUCAAGAGAGACAGGGAGAGAUAAUAUAUAAUAGGUGGGAAUUGUUUCUCGUUUGAAGAUUUGAAAUCCACAGAUGGGAGGCUGUGCAAGCAGGCCGAAAGGAUUCAAGGCUGAAUUUGCUAAUUCUGGAAAACCUGUGCCGGCAGCAGAUCCUGAGAAGGAGGAGCUAUGCACGGCCUCCGAAGAGAAGACCGUUGUAGAAGAAGCAGCCAGGACGGCAGAGGCAGCACAGGAAGAAAAGGUGGAGAAUGCCGAGGUUGAUGAGCAGAGCAACAAGCAUAGAUCUCUUAGUUCUCUAUUCAACGAGAGAGGGAAAGAUUCAACCGAGAGUGGUGAGGCAACCCAAACAGAAAACGUCCCAUCUGAACCAGUGAAAGGAAAAGAUCAAAAUAUGGAGAAAACUGUCAAGGAAACUGUUGUCAAUGUUGUGGAUGCUGAAAAGGCCAAAAGCCCUGCUGAGGAAAAAGCCACCCCAGCAGUUGUUGCUUCUGAGACAGUCCAAACAGAAAAACCUUCUGAAUCUGCACCAGCAGAAGCAGUAAAGACUGAAAAACCUGAAAAAUCCGAUGAAAAGAAAACAAAGAAAGAAAAUAAAGAAGGUCCUGACAAGGAUGUCAAGUUAACAGAGAAACCUUCAGGGGAGAACAUCAGACCACAAGAACCAGUUCCAUUGGAGUCACCUGCAGAUGUGGUUUCUGCUUGAGAAGUUGCAAGAAUCAAGUAAAGAUGGAAACUGAAAGGAUUUGUGUCUUGUCAAUAGUUGUUUCAAGCAUUUGUGUUCGUUACAUUUGUCUCUACAGUAUAUGAUGUGUUCUAUCUGUCCUUUAUUUAUUCAUUGACUAGAUUUCAUUCUCUUGGAUAUGUCUCAUUUUCAUAUUACCCCUUUUGGUUCAAAUGGAAAUGUUUGGGUUUGUUAGAUGAAUUGAUAUAAUCAUGGACUUGUACAUA